CUAGGAAACUGUCAAGCUGUCAAGUGGAGAGGCUGGGGCAGACGGUUCAGCUUCCCUCCCUGGCUUGGCCCGUACACAGAUCCUCCCCCUCAGAAACACAAGAGCCGAGCUUAUUCUUUUGCUCACCAACUGAGAUAAUGUAAUGUAAAACGGGAGCGCGUAAAGAGGGAGUACAGUUCCAGAGUUUAUGCACUAAGUGUUGAGUGACGACAGUUAAGUGCUAGCUGUAGGCUAGUUAGCUUAGCCAGCGCUAACCCUCACAUUUCGUCGUUGAACACCUUCUUGUGGUAACUGCGGACACUUGGUCCCUAUUGCACAUUGUGUUCCUGUCAUCUGAUAUUUUGGUUGUUUGGUUAUUAGAGGGACACAAUGGGGGCAUUUCUGGACAAACCAAAGAUGGAAAAAUACAAUUCCCAUGGUGAGGGUAACAACCUGAGGUAUGGGCUGAGCAGCAUGCAGGGUUGGCGGGUUGAGAUGGAAGAUGCACACACAGCAGUCAUUGGUCUGCCUCAUGGUCUCGACCCCUGGUCGUUCUUUGCCGUUUAUGAUGGGCAUGCUGGCUCUCAGGUGGCUAAGUACUGCUGCGAGCACCUCUUGGAACACAUCACUAGCAACCCAGACUUCAAGAAUGCUAUUAUGGAGUCCAACAAUGUGGACGGUGUGAAGAAUGGGAUCCGCACAGGAUUCUUGGAGAUCGAUGAACACAUGCGAACCAUCUCGGAGAAGAAGCAUGGUGUAGACCGCAGCGGAUCCACUGCAGUAGGGGUAAUGAUCUCUCCAAGCCAUAUCUACUUCAUCAACUGUGGAGACUCGCGGGGUCUCCUCAGCAGGGGAGGAGCUGUUCACUUCUUUACACAGGAUCACAAACCCAGCAACCCCUUGGAGAAGGAAAGGAUCCAGAAUGCCGGUGGAUCAGUCAUGAUCCAGCGAGUUAAUGGCUCUCUUGCUGUGUCCAGAGCCCUGGGUGACUUUGAUUACAAGUGUGUCCAUGGAAAAGGCCCAACGGAGCAGCUGGUUUCGCCAGAGCCUGAGGUGUAUGCAAUAGAAAGAAACGAGGGUCAAGAUGAAUUUAUUAUACUUGCCUGUGAUGGCAUCUGGGAUGUCAUGGCCAAUGAGGAACUCUGUGACUUUGUGAGGUCAAGGCUGGAGGUUACAGAUGAUCUCGAAAGAGUCAGCAAUGAAAUUGUUGACACUUGCUUGUACAAGGGAAGCCGGGACAAUAUGAGUGUUGUUUUAAUCUGCUUUCCUGGGGCCCCAAAGGUAUCUCCAGAAGCUGUGAAACGUGAGGCUGAGCUGGACAAAUACCUGGAAGCCAGAGUAGAAGAGAUAAUCAAAAAGCAGGGAGAUGAAGGCGUCCCAGAGUUGGUCCAUGUUAUGCGGACGUUAGCAUCUGAGAGCAUUCCAAACCUCCCUCCUGGUGGAGAGUUGGCCAGCAAACGAAGUGUUAUUGAAGCAGUGUACAACAAACUUAACCCGUACCGAAGCGAUGACACCGACUCAGCAUCUACAGACGACAUGUGGUAACACACCCUCCUACCACUAACACAACAUAGAGUUUACAAACCACCAUCCUCUCAAGACCCACAGCAGCUCAGCAGUCUGUCUCUCCGUCACUCUGAGCUUUUGGUUUCUAAGAAGGGAAUACAUGGGAGGAGGAGGAGGAGGAGGAGCGGGAGGAAGGAGUUGCAUGCACACAAACCUGGAAUAGUGCAGCACCAGUCCACUCUGGAGUUCAGGAUCCCCACCGUCUUGUCUCCCUUUUAUGUUCACUCUCCUUAUUAUUCUUCUCUAAACUAAUCCACAGCAAGUGAGUCCACAAGUUUUUUUUUUUGUUAAAUAAUCCGCCUGAAGAGUAAGAUUUUAUUUCUUUUGCUGUAAUUAAUUUGAUUCACAUUUCCUUGUGUGUUUGUAUAUUUCUGUUUUUGUGAAGUGCAAUUGUCCUGUACAAACGGCCUGUAUUUAAUGCAGCUUGAUUUUAAGUUUAAAAAAAAAAAUGAAAGAAAUGGGGAAGAAAAGAGUACUUUUAUGCACUAUCUGCCUUUUUCUGCUCUUCUGAAACUAAGACAAAUGUUUAUUCAGUGAAUAUUAGCGCAGCGUCCGCCAGGCACAAUGUCCCUGCUUUAUCUUUUUCUUUGCAACAUUCUUUUGUUUUGUUUUUUUUUCCUUUUCAGUUAGUCUAUGCUCUUAAGAAACGGGUAAAUCGUAUAAUUGACAGCACAGUAAGCUCUCUAUAUCAGUUUAAAUCCUCAUCAGUUUUUAUUGCAGUCUGCUUUUUUUUGUUCAUAAGUGUACACACUCUAAUAAUAAUAAUAAUAAUGGCAGUUUGACAGAAUGAAGUGGGAAAAAUCUUUUUUUCGUCGGUUCUUAAAAUGCAUUUACUGAAUGGUCCCAUGUUGAGAUGUUUGCCUUUGUGAAAAGAUGCCUGCAGGUGUGUGUAUGUGAGUCAGUAGAAAGGUGGAUCUUUCUGGGUUCAGGUAGUUCAGGAAACUUAUCUGACUGGAUUUUAAGGGACGUUUCUCUCUCUCUCUCUCCCCCCCAUCCAUCAUGCUGACCCCCCACCCCAACUUUAAGGGUUGACCUCUAACUCAAAGCAGCUUUGAAUAAGAAAAAAGCUACGUAGAUGCUAUUAUUCUGUCAGAACCUAAUGAACUAAAUUAACCUGAAUUGACUCGUUGACUUGUUGAAUUUGUGUGUACAGCGAUUGGCGGCUGUUCAGGCGUCGACUUAUUUAGAAUCUAUAUAUUGUCAUAUCUAGAAAAGCUAAUUUCUAAACAUUCAAGUGGACCCCUGUAGGUGCCAUAUGAUUUUAUUAAAUCAAAAUGUUCAUCUUUAUUACAGCCUAUGCCAAUUUAUUUUUUCCAUAGGAAUGUUCUUUUUUUUUUUUGUAUGUGGUUGAAAAAGGCAUUUUAGUUUCCUUAUCAGAUAAUUUGAUCUAACCUGUUUUAAGCACUGAUUUCCUAGGAUUGAUGCUGUAAAAAAAAAAA